CGCCAGUCAUUCCUCCUUUCCACCAUUAAAGCUGAACUUUGAAGCUCUGGAGUUUCAUUUUCAAAGCUCUUUUUUUGUGAGUUUCUGUUGUUUUUGAGAUGGGGGAAGAGUCGAAGGAGUGUGAGUUUUGGCUGCCGCCGGAGUUUCUGACCGGCGAUGAUGAAUUUAUGGGGUUUAAGGGGAACAGUAAAGGAGAGGGAAAUGAAAGAAAGAGGUACUUUGGGUGUGAUUUUCAGAAUGAGUUUUCAUAUGGGUUUAACAUGUUUGGUCCUCAAUCGGAUCUGAGUUCGCCGGUGGAGUCCGUUGUUGGUUCGACUGAGACGGAGAGUGAUGAAGAAGACUAUAUCACUGAGUUAACUCGUCAAAUGGCUCAGUCCACUCUGGAAAACCGCAAGGUUUAUAAAUUGUCGAGUUCUCCUCAGUCAACUUUAUGUGGUGUGCUUGGGUCUAAACAGGGGUUACAGAGUGAAAGCCCAAACAGCCCUUUUCAGGUUUGUUCUCCGACGGAAGUGCAGAACAGAAAGGGGACUGUAGAUUUGCUGUAUGCUGCUGUUGGUGAGGUUGCAAGAAUGAAGAAAAUGGAGGAACAGGUUGGAAUUUGGGCUCCUCCCAGGAAGACAAGUCCAGUUUAUGUAGACCCAAAAAUGUCUAAACCAAAUCUUGGCUCGUUUUACUCUAAUCAGCCACCACUCUCUUACCAGCAGUUUAAAAUGGCUCAAUUUCAGCGUUUGAAGCAACAACAGAUAAUGGAACAAAGGCAAGUAGUGUUGGGUCCAGAAAAAGAAGGAUUUUGGCAGUACCAGUUGAGGCAGAACCACCAGAAUCAGAGUAUUCAUGGGAGAGACAGAAAUGGAGCUGAUAGGCCUUCGAACAUGGCAAUAUCUGCUGCUUGGCCUGCUCUACAACAACCUCACCACCACCAACAGAAACAGCCAUCACCACCGCUACCUCAGUCUGGCUCCGGCAUGCGUGCUGUUAUCCUGGGAAAUCCUGGACCCAAAAGAGAAUGUGCUGGAACAGGGGUUUUCAUUCCCAGAAGAGUUGGAGCUCAAACUGAAACUCGUAAGAAACCAGGUUGCUCCACAGUUCUUCUGCCAGACAGAGUGGUCCAAGCUCUGAAUUUGCAGCCUCAGGUUCAACCCAGAUGCAAUAAUGGUGGGGUUUUGAAGUACCGGAAUAUUAGUAAUAACGUGGGAGAUCAACAAUGGCGAAAUUUAAGAAGUCAGGCACCAGUAGCAGCAAUGUCCCAAGAACUUCAACUGCCUCAGGAGUGGACUUACUAAGAAACUGACUCAGAAAAGAAGAAAAAACUUGUUUUUGGUAGGGGUGAAGAUUUUGGGAAGAAGAUUUGUUUGUUUAGUUGAAGAAGGAAUGGGUUUUUGGGGUUAGUAAUUAGGGUUUUUAUGAUAAACUAAUUUUAUAGUAAGGUAAGAAGAAGAAUUUAGGGGGUAGUAGCAGACAAGGCUGGCUCUAGAUUCAAGAAGAAGAAAAAAAGGGGUUUAGUAGAUUUUUAGGUUCUGUUUUGUUUUGGAUUAAGAUUAGAUUAUACUAGUAUAUGACAAAAAUAAACUUGUUUAGUCAAUCAAGAAAUGGGGGAGAAAGUUGACUGUGUCUUGUUUUGGUUGUGGAAUACUUGAUAUACAGUCUAAUUUUCUUUU